CCGGGGCUGGCUUCCAGACCAAGGACAUGCAGAGGUCAGAGCCUCCGCAGGAGCCUCGCUUGGCCUGGUGGCGAAGGUCGGGACUCGGGGCUUCCACGCGCGGUGGGCCAAGUCACCUGCUACGGAUCAGAGAAGGCCCGGUGCGCCGGCCGCGGCCUCUCUCAGGCCAUCGCACCUCUCCCCCGCCAGCAGGCUGGGCCCAGGGCCGAGAUUCCCCUAAUUUAGCCAAGGUGAAAAACCGAAGGUGUAUCAAGGUGUCCGGGUGAAGAUAACCGUGAAGGAGCUGCUGCAGCAGAGAAGGGCACACCAGGCAGCCUCAGGGGGAACCUCCUUCAGCUCGAGCUGCUGCCAACUAUUUGCAUAAAGACCUGGGGAAGGAUUCCAGCUUCCUGGUUCGUGACAUUACGGCAUGGAUCAUUUUCAAAAUUAACACCACCUCCUGUUUCAGCAGCAGCUGACAGUGUACUCCUCCGUUGGCGUGCUGAAUGGGACUGUCCGCAGGCAACGGCGUCCGCCUCUCAGACCAAGUCCCACCAUCCCCGGCAGGGCUGUAUUUUGAGUCUGAACCAGUUCCUUCUACACCCAAUUAUUUUCAACCCCGAGAACUUUCCAGUUGUGUUUCCUGUGAAGAAAAUACAAGCUGCCUCGACCAGCUCUUUGAUUCCUACCUUCAGGCAGAGACACACCUGGACUCUUCGCUCAAUGCCACGCAAAGCACUCCGCACUAUUUCCCUGACAGCUUCCAAACUGCCCCUUUCUGCUUUAACCAGAGCCUGACCCCAGGAUCGCCUUCGGAUUCCUCCACUCUCUCAGGUUCCUUAGACUACAGUUACUCGCUGGCUCAGCUACCUUCGUAUGCUCCGGAGAAUUACAAUUCUCCCCCUUCUCUGGACUCCAGAAACUGUGGCUAUCCCUCAGAAGACUACUCCUACUCCCACUUGCCCCCAUACACCCAGUACGACUGCUUCUCUUCCGCAAGCACCUCAGUCUGCUACUGUGCGUCCUGUGAAACAGAACACUUGGACACCAUCAGAGCAUCGGAGUAUUUUUCCUAUCCCAGCACAGACUAUGUGAACUUUGCCCCCUCAGCAGCAGCCACCAGUGAUUUCUAUAAGAGAGGAGCAAACUGUGACAUCUGCUAUAGUUAAUAGUAAUUAUGUGAAUUUGGAACAUGGCGUGAAUAUCUCUGUUUUUCGACCACACCAAAUGACAACUCAAAAUAUGCAACCUGUUAACAAAAUAUCACAAGCCCGGUUCCCAUGUCACCAUUUUCAAUGUCCUAAUGCUCACUUAGGCAUGGAUAUGAAGUCCUCAGAUCCAGUCAUUGUGCCACUCCUACUUUGUAUGCUUACAGUUAAAACUUUUUGUAGGGAACGUUCAGUUGUUUUACUUUUCUAUGUAAUGAACAGAUGCUAAUUUUUUAACUAAUAAAUUUUGUAUUAUUAAA